CAUGCGCGUGGGAAUAGGUGCCUUGAAUUGCAGCGAGGGACGGUGGGCGAUAUAUUUUGAGCCGGUUUGCAGAAAUGAAUUGCUGAAAUUUCAGGGCAGGAGACCGAGAUUAGAACAUUAAAAGAAAAACACAGGGCAACGUAUUUCCUACGAAUCCUGAGAAAACUCUUUGUCUUCCUUAGAUGGAUACCUUCUUCAGAAGAUUAUCUGUGUUGGCUGUUGUGUCGCCUUCCCAGAGAGAGAGAGAGAGGCUACUAUUUUAAGAGUGUGCCUUGAUUUUUGAGGAACCAGUUUCCGGCGGCGAUACCAUUUCUCUUUCCCUUUCGACCAAGAAGGAAGAUGGCUAAUGAGCCCAGACGUUUAUCAGCCCUGGAUAUCCAGUUUCAGGCUGAGUUAAUGGAGGGUGUGAAGCAGGAGGAGUUGGAUUCGGUAGGCCUCGAACCAGAAAAAGGCCCUGAGGGCAUUCCGGCUGGGAUGCCCGGGGAAUUCGGGGGAAGGUACUCAUCCCAGCGAGGCAAGCGGGACAUGAGAGAGGGCUUGCAGCAGACGUGGGAAGCCCAGUGGCAGGACUUCCUCAAGACGAUGGAGUCUGAACAGUCCAGUCACAGGGUGCCCCGAUUUGCAGGAUCUGUGCCGAACGGCCAUGCCAGGGAUUUCCUGCCCCACUUCGAGAGGCUGACUGGUAUCAGGGAUCAACCUGCGGAGCCUCUGUCAGGUCUUGGCUCAGAGAUUCCACGAACUGAGAGCAACCUGUGGGUGAAACCUGGUGGAGGCGGCAUGAAAGUCAAGGAAGAGGAGGAGGAGGAGAACCUAGAGAACUCGGAUCUCCAACGGUUGCGCUUCCGGAUCUUCAGCUACCAGGAAGCCAAGGAGCCCCGAGAAGCUUACGAGCGACUCCGGGAGCUUUGCCGUCAGUGGCUGCAGCCGGAAAAACGUACCAAGGGACAGGUGGUGGAACUGGUCAUCCUGGAGCAAUUCCUGGCCAUCUUGCCUAAGGAGAUGCAGAGCUGGGUCCGGAAGAGCGGGCCAGAGACCUGCUCCCAAGCGGUGGCCUUGGCAGAGCAGUUUCUCCUGAGGCCACAGGAGGGUGAGAGACCGGAAGAGCAGGUUCUGGAUCCUUCCAGGAAGGAAACUAGUGACCUUGUUGAGGGUGAAGAAGUUUUUCAAGAUGAUUGGCAGCCGCCCUUCUUCCAGGAAAUCAAACAGGAAGAUGAUCUCGCAGACAUCUUUUUAGGUGCUGUCACUGCGGCUGCCAAGGUGACUGUCAGGCCCACCAAGAUUGCUGACCGGGCGCAACCUCCGCACCAUGAGGUGGGGCACGAGAGGAUGAUUGAGGAGGGAGAGGAGGAAAUGGAGGAGCAGGAGCCAACCACGUCCACAACCUUUGCACAACCGUGGGUCCCGUGGUUUGGGUUUGAGAAGGCCGUUACCUUUAUGCGACAGAAGGGGAAGAAUGUGAUUGUGCAGUGCAAUUACUGCCUUCCGUUGUUCAAAACCUUGAGCUCGGCCAUCAGUUCCUCCUCCAACGUCAAGCAACAUUUCAAGAAGGCACAUCCUAAGGAGCUGCAAGCCAUUCUUGAAAUUGUAGGAGGAAGAACAGGGAGACGCCGCCGUCCCGAACUGACGUGUGAAGACGAGGAAGAGGGUUCCCCUGCUAUGAAAAUGGCGAGGACACGGUCGGACUUCAGGAGGUGGCAAUGCGGCAGGGAUAUUUCUUUCCAGAAAGUUUUCGACCAGAAACUCCUGGACUAUGUCGUGGAGGAGACCGUCCCCCUUCAGACUGUGGACAAGCCAACUUUCAGGGCGCUGGUUUGCCUCGGCCUCCCGAAAGACCUCACCCUCAUGUGCGCCAAGACUCUGAGGGAAAAGAUCGAGCAGAAAGCAGCGGACAUGAGAGAAACGCUCACAAAGCGGAUGGGUGGCGUGUCCUACGUUGCCACCACCGCGGACUGCUGGACCAGCGGCCGGAGGCGUUUCUUGAGCGUGACGGCCCACUGGAUCAACCCUGCCACGAUGAAGCGCGAGUGCGGGGCCUUGGCUUGUAAGCGGCUGAAAGGGCCACGCACGUACGGAGUCCUCGCCAAAGCGCUCCACGGCGUCCACGUGCAGUACAGGAUCGAUGACAAAGUGGUGGCCACGGUCACUGACAACGGCUCCCACUUUGUGAGAGCCCUGCAGGUGUCCAAGGCCAGAGAACCGGCGGCGGAGGCUGCCAUAGAUGAUGGCAACCAGGAGGAGGCCAAAGUAGAAUAUCUGCCAAUCUCUGAGAUCCUGGACACAGAUGACGAGGAAGAGGAAGAUGCGGGGGACGAGGAGGAAUUCUUUUGUUUGCCGCCACAACAAAGGUGCGCCAGCCAUACCCUCAACCUGGUGGUGACGGAGGACUUGCAGGCUCUGAUUCCUGACUCCUGCAAACACAGUCCCGUGGGGCCUUUCAAGAAACAUUUCCGUGCCUUGGUGGGAAAAUGCAGCAAGCUGUGGUCCAAGCAGAGCCAGUCAGAAGAGAUCGCUGAGUACAUCCACCAACAGUGCGGCACACGCCUGAAAGUUCCUGACAAAACCCAAUGGCAUUCCACCUUUGAGGCAUUGAAGCAACUCAAUGAGCUCCUCUCGACCAGGCCACAGAAAGUGGAUGCUGUAAGGGACCACUGCGGUGUGGCUAGGAUCACAGAUGCUGAGCGCCUAGUGCUGGAGGAGUACACGGAGAUCAUGGCGCCCCUUGCCCGGUCCCUUGACAUUCUGCAACACAAGAACAGCCUGUUCAUGGCAUACCUGCUCCCAACUCUGUACAGCCUUGACCGCAAGUUACAGAGGCUCGAAGACAGACCUGAGCCGUACACAUACUGCCUCCCACUCUUGAAGGGUUUGCGCGAAGCUCUGAGGAACCGAUUUGCACCCAUUUGGGAGGAUAAGAAGCUUCUUCUGGCGUCCUGCUUACACCCCCUCUUCAAACUGGACUGGUUGCCCUCGGACACGUCCGAGACGAACAGGUCUGCCCUAGAGGCCUUGAUGAAGGCAGAAAUCAAGGCUUUGAACAUGGAGGACAAAGACCAGCCUUCAGAAAAAGAGCAGGAAGACGACAGCGAUCAAGACUUCUUUUUUGAUGUCACCGAGCCCACAAGGAGGUCUGCCGCCGAAGAGGAGAUAUCAAGGUACUUGAAGACCCCCAGGAGGGAAUUGUCGACCUCCUCCUUAGAAGAUUUCCCCCGUAUUUUGCAGAUUUUUCUGAAGUACAACACCAGCGUGCCUUCUAGUGCUGCCCUAGAAAGCCUGUUCGGGCCGGAGGGCAGCGUCAUGACUGUGGAAAAUCAUUCUUUGUCCGACGAGGUCUUUGAACAGCUGGUGCUCCUGAAGCAGAAUCGUCGGCUCUCGACAUCCUUGCUUUGAGAACGUUGCCAGGAAUUCCCUUUAAGAAAGACUUUAAAAACAAAGUAUUCAGAACUGAAGAGUAUUGAGCAGCUUAACCGUUAAAAGUAUUAAAUCAAAUGUCUGUGUCCUGGUCAUGCCCGUUAUAUGGGUCGGGAGAGGUGGGUCUGUCUGUGGAUAGGUUUUCGAUAACAAUUAUACAUAAAAAGGUUCGUUUGUUGCCCCCUCUUAUGUAUGUAUUUUAUAAUGGGGGGAGGGAUCCAGCAAUUCUGGUGGACCCUAGAGGCAAUUUUGACCCCAGGUCAGCUCCUCCCCACAGGGGAAUUGGCCGCUUCCCCCCCACCCCCCUCAAAAACGAGAAAGCAAUUGGACAUUGAUUUGUGUUUUUGGAAAAAAAAACAUCGCCCCAACUCCAUGGCCACCAGGAAAGCAAGGCUGGCUCUGUGCUCAGAAGCUUUCAUGAACAGCGAUGAUAAUGUCUUCCUCAAUACAGUGUGGAGGGAUUUCUUCUAGAAGCCUACAGAAACACGUCUGGAGGCAAUGUGUCUGUGUGUUAGGUGCCAUUAAAUCAAAACCAACUUGCAGUGACGCUAAUGGAGAUAUUUGUUUCCUAAGAGGUUUCAUCAGUUCCCCAUACAUAGACCCAUGAGUUUCCACAGCUGAGCAGGAAUUCGAACUCAGGUCUUCUGAGUCCUCAUCCAUCACUCUGUCCACUACACCGGGGAAAAUCUGCUACUGUGAUCCUCCCCCUGCUGAGCUUCCGCCUGUGGGACCUCCACUUCUGUGCAGGACAAAAGCUCUCCUGGAUUGGGGGUGACCGCUUCCCCUUCUUCCUCCCCUUCUGACUUUCAACACCUGGUUGGAGAAGUGCGUAUAAAAAGCUGGAGCGGGUGCGAGGGCUGCCACUGCCAGUGCUUCUUCUCUUCCUCCACUCAAAGAAGGAUCUCAUGUGCCAU